AUGAACGGCGUGGUGAUAUCGGCCAGUAAAGUGACCCAGUACACUGGAGGAUUCGGAAAAGCAGCUAGUAAGGAACAGUUGAAAAUAAAGAACAAGGGUUUGAUCAAUGCUCAUAUCAAUCAGCCGGAACUGCCGAAGGAUGACCAUAAGCAAUGCGGUAUUUGCAAGCGCCGGGGACAUCGAGUGCGGGAUUGCGACAUGUUCAAAUCGCUCUCCAUCGAUGAACGGUGGAAGGCAGCGCAAACCAAUGAACUCUGUCGUAGCUGCUUAAAUGCGCAUGGCAGAAGAAGUUGUCGAAAUUCAGUCCAGUGCGGAAUUAACGGAUGCACUUUCCGCCAUCAUCCGUUACUCCAUUCUAACCGUAACAAUCAACCGUCCGGUGGAUCUGGAAGACCGAAGGUAGUGACCAGCAUCGAAACUGCUGGUAAUCAUGCACAUCGGAUGCCGGACCAAUCGCUACUGUUCCGCAUCAUCCCGAUAACGCUUCACGGACCGAAAAAAAUAGUAAGCACCUUCGCUUUCCUGGACGAUGGCUCAUCCCUUACACUCGUCGAAGAGGAAUUAGCGCGUAACAUCGGAGCGAGCGGCAUAUCGGCACCAUUAUGUCUUACUUGGACGGGAGACGUCUCCAGGAUCGAAGCCGAAUCGAAGCAGCUACAGUUGGAGAUAUCUAGUGCGAAUGGUGGAAAGCAUCACCCACUGAAAAAUGUACGAACCGUAAAAAAGCUCGCCAUGCCCGUGCAGACGCUGCCAAUCAACGAAUUCAUGAAUCAAUUUAAGCAUCUUCAAGGGCUUCCACUUUCCGGCUAUGAAAACGCUAUUCCUCAGCUAUUGAUCGGGGUGAACAAUUUACGACUUACUUUACCACUGAAGGUUAAGGAAGGGAAUAUCAACGAGCCAGUAGCCAUGAAGACAAGGCUAGGCUGGUGCGUGUUCGGAGGAAGUGGUUCUCACUCAUCUCCCACUCUCAAUUUCCAUGUCUGCGCUUGCGAACCGGAUCGCGAACUGCAUGAGCUGGUGAAAAACUACUUCGUGCUUGAUGACGUCGGCACCGAACCUGCGAUUAAAGUAUCAUCCGCGGAAGACAGGCGAGCUGAACGCCUGCUAGAUGAAACCACCUUACGAGUUGGUGAGCGGUUUGAAACCGGGUUACUCUGGAGGUACGACGAUAUCGAAUUUCCUGAUAUUUAUGGUAUGGCGUUACGACGGCUUGGAUGUUUGGAGCGUCGGAUGGAAAGAAAUCCAUCGCUAAAAGAAAAUAUUUUUCGUCAGAUCGAUGAAUACGAGCUGAAAGGUUACGCGCAUAGAGCCAGUGAGGACGAACUGAAAACGGCAAAUCCCAAACGUGUCUGGUACCUACCGCUGGGAGCGGUCAUAAAUCCCAAGAAGCCAGAGAAGGUCCGUCUAAUAUGGGAUGCUGCAGCUACGGUCGACGGGAUCUCUCUCAACGCACUUCUUCUGAAAGGCCCGGAUCAGCUGACGUCUUUGCCGGCUGUUUUAGCACGGUUCCGGCAGUUUGCAGUGGCGGUCACCGCCGAUAUAAAGGAGAUGUUCCAUCAAAUGGAAAUCCGAAGAGAAGAUCGGCAUUCGUUGCGUUUCUUGUUCCGGAAAGACUCAACCGCUUCACCGGACGUCUAUGUGAUGGACGUGGCCACCUUCGGGGCCACCUGUUCGCCGGCAUCGGCACAGUAUGUAAAGAAUAAGAACGCCGGAGACUUUGUCGAAGAGUUUCCAAGAGCUGUCGAAGGGAUCAUAGACAACCACUACGUCGACGAUUACCUCGACAGCUCUGGUGCAGAAAUUGAAGCAAUACAGGUUUCGGAGCAAGUCAAGGCGAUCCACAGUAAAGCAGGUUUCCUGCUGCGAAACUGGCAGUCAAACAGUGUCGUCGUAAAACAACACAUGGGAGAAGCUGUCGAUACCAGCAACAGGCACGUGUUCCAAGAUAAAACGACGGAAUACGGGCGGGUACUUGGGAUGUUGUGGUUGACGGACGAAGAUGCCCUGAGCUUUUCCGUACAGCUGAAGGACGACGUGCAGCAAAUCUUGCAGAAUGACUCGUGUCCUACCAAGAGGCAAGUUCUACGAUGUAUUAUGAGUUUUUUCGACCCGCUUGGCUUGCUGAGCGUUCUCAUGGUGCACGGCAAAAUCUUGCUGCAGGAUAUUUGGCGCGCUGGAACACAGUGGGACGAGCAUAUUGGUGACGACCACUGGGAACGGUGGCAGAGUUGGAUCGGCCUGCUGCAGCAGAUAUCUACAGUAAAAAUACCCCGAUGUUAUUUCCCGAAUGCUACCCUGCAGAGUUACCGUCAGCUGCAGUUGCACGUAUUUGUCGACGCAAGCGAAGUGGCGUAUGCAGCAGUGGCUUACUUCCGGAUUGUUGACGUUGACGGAAUAACAUGA